CCGAGAUCCCACGGCGGCGCAGAGUUGCCCAUUUUCUGGCCGGGGAAGGGCGGAGAGAUGCGAGGUCUUGCGCACGGAGGAGCUGAAUCGGUUUGCGAGGGAGGAGACGGGGAGGAGAGGGCGGGCCGGGGACUGCAAUAGGGUUGCCUCCCUUCCCGCCCAUCACCCCGGCGUCGGAUCUGCGCGGGCCGGGAUGGCGAAACUGGAAGUCGCCGCCGGACACGACUGCUUCGCCUUGACCCAAGCCAGCUGUAUGUCUGAAGGGACAGGAAAACAAAGGAAGAAGAGAACUAAGAUGGCAGGACCGAGGAAAUCUCAAAGCUUGGAGGAGCCUGUAGAAGGCGCCCACAGUCGGCUCUUAUUCAGAUCCAAAACCUACGAUCCAACUUUUGCGAGAGAGACAGAGAAAGAAGCAGGUUCUUCCCAGCAUAGGAAUUCUGUCCCCACUGUACUCAGUCCGAUGAAGCAUUCUGCCAACUUCCACCAAGUUUUUAAAGAUAUCCCCGAAGAGGAGGAGCUCUUGGACACCUUUUCGUGCGCCUGGCAGCAGGAGGUGCCUUACCACGGCUGUUUGUACAUCUCACACAACCACGUCUGCUUCCACUGCAGCAUGCUCUGGAGGGAGGUUAAGGUCACCAUUCCAGUGCCCACCAUCAGCGUCCUGAAGAAGGCGAACACGGCCUUGCUGGUACCCAAUGCCAUCUGCAUCCGGACAGCCGAGGGUGACAAGUUCCUCUUUGGAUCGCUGCGGUCACGGGAAACCACCUACCAGCUGCUACGUUCGGUGUGUAAGCACCUCCAGGAUGGCAGCCGGAACAGUAGUCCAACCCCGCCUUGCACCAGCUCAGACCAUCUCCUUAAGAUAUCCCUGAUCUCAAAGGAGUUUGAUCCGAAUAACACUGCACCAGAGCAGCACACUUCUUCGGAGGAGCCGGGUGAGGCGGGAGGUUCUCAGAAGCAAUCCAAAGCUGAACUGCCAGAAACAGCAGCCAGCAGAGGUGGGAGGCGGCCCACAAAAUCCUCAAGAAGCCGGGGAGUUCUGCUGUGCCCUCUCAACACAGUUAUCCUAAUUUACAUCUUCUUGGUCGUCAUCCUGCUUCUCUCUUCGGGCUACAUCGGUUUCCGGAUCGUCCAGUUGGAAAGGGAGCUGAUCUCCAUGGGGGCAUGGCCUGAACUGGACCUUCAGCAGCAGUGAGAAUUGUUUCCACCCAGUAACACACGGACUGAGGCAGGCCUUGGUCUGAUGCAGCCAAGCAUCCGAGCAAGGGGACACCGCUUGUUGUGUUGGGGGCCCUGUGCCGGCCUGCACCCCAAGCCCAGCUCCCAUCGUGGUGCUCCCCAGCAUGAGCAGAAUUUGUCCAAUCCAUCCUGGACACAGGAGCACUCAGCCCCUUCAACUGCUCUUCAGCCUCACCGGAUUCAGACUCUAUCGAUGGCAAAGCUACACAUUGGUUAUAGACUGAAGAUGUGAAGGCGGCUUCCUGACAUGCUGAAAUUAAUUAAAAGGCAUUAAUACUUUAAAAAAAUAAAACCCCACCAAAUUGUACAUCCCUGCAGGUUCCUGAAAAGGCAUGCCAAAUUUCAGGUUAUAAAAUUUCAGAUGUUAUAAACAUGACACCAUCAGACAACUGGACAUUCUCUUCUUGAAUUUCUCAACGCACAUUUUUAAAUUACCUACAUUAAAUUAUAAAGAUAAAUUAUCCACAUUUUUGUAACAUGCUA